GCUGGCGUUUGGAGUAACAACCCAACGUCACGUCAGUUCAAAUCAUCAUACAAGCAGUUACUCAUGAGACAUAACCUCAAAGGAGGUCACGGUAACUGCAUUGCUCAGGAUAGUACUGAAAUUUUGACCCUAGUAAAUGACCGUGAAACAAAUGAAUUAUCUGCAGAUAUUUUAGAUAUGACAACGGCAAGAAGACAUGACAUGAAGUUGCGUCGAUCAUUGCGUCGAUCGUCGAUGAAGACGAUCGUUAUUAUUGUGACGUAUCUAACUGUCGUGUCUGAGUAUAAGGAAGCACCUAUAUCUUACAAUGCAGGUUAUGUUGUAAGAAUGGUUGCAAGAAAGAUCAAAUGUGACACAUAUAUUGCUGCUCUGCAUACAUCAAAAGAUAAAGCUCCUGAUCUGUUUGUAUCGUGGAAAAGCCACGGCGGCCUGAAAAUACCAACUGACGAUGUUCUCCAGGAAAAACCAGAGAAACCAAAAAGCCUGUCGUCAAGAAGACAGUCUUUAAGAAGCUAGCUGACGAAAAAACAGUGAAAACCAAGAAAAUGACAGCGAAGAAAACGGCUACAAAGAAAGCUUCCGAGAAAAAGAAGCCAGCUAAGAAAUAAACUAAUGAAAACCAGCUGGAGGAGCAAAGAAAAGUAAAACCAAAUCUCCAGCAAAGAAGACAGG